GCUUGUAAGCUUACGACAGAAAGCAACAAGAAGUUUCCAAAAUGGGGCUUGAAAGUACUAUGGUCUGUGUGGACAACAGUGAAUACAUGAGAAAUGGAGAUUUUCUACCAACGAGGCUACAGGCUCAACAGGAUGCUGUCAACAUCGUUUGCCACUCCAAAACACGAAGCAAUCCAGAAAACAAUGUGGGCCUCAUCACUAUGGCAAAUAACUGUGAGGUCCUGACCACACUGACACCAGACUCUGGACGCAUCCUGUCCAAACUCCACGCUGUCCAGCCCAAAGGAAAGAUCUGCUUCUGCACCGGCAUAAGAGUGGCUCAUCUGGCCCUAAAACACAGACAAGGAAAAAACCACAAGAUGAGGAUCAUUGCCUUUGUUGGGAGUCCCGUGGAGGAUAAUGAAAAAGAUCUGGUCAAGUUGGCAAAGCGCUUGAAAAAAGAGAAAGUGAAUGUGGAUAUUAUCAACUUUGGAGAAGAGGAGCUGAACACAGAGAAACUGACUGCUUUUAUAAACACUUUGAAUGGGAAGGAGGGGACAGGCUCCCACCUGGUCACAGUCCCUCCAGGACCCAGUCUGGCUGAUGCGCUGCUCUCCUCUCCCAUCCUGGCCGGUGAAGGAGGCUCUAUGAUGGGUCUUGGUGCCAGCGACUUUGAGUUUGGUGUAGAUCCCAGUGCUGAUCCAGAGCUUGCCCUGGCCCUGCGUGUGUCCAUGGAGGAGCAGCGACAGAGGCAGGAGGAAGAGGCCCGCAGAGCCGCUGUUGCUUCUGCAGCUGAGGCAGGCAUGCCCACACCCAGCGCAGAUGAGUCAGAGGAGGCUUUAUUGAAGAUGUCAGUAUCUCAGCCUGAGAGCGGCACGGCAGUGCUUCCUGACUUCAGCAGCAUGACAGAGGAGGAACAGAUAGCCUACGCCAUGCAGAUGUCUCUCGCUGGAGGAGAGUAUGGAGAAAUGGAUACAGAAGCCCCCAUGGACACUGCAGAAUCAGCCAAGGAGGAAGAUGACUAUGAUGUGAUGCAAGACCAAGAGUUCCUUCAGAGCGUCCUAGAGAACCUGCCUGGUGUCGACCCCAACAACGAGGCCAUCCGCAACGCCAUGGGCUCCCUGGCCUCCCAGACAGGAAACAAGCCAGAAGGCAAAAAGGAUGAAGAGAAGAAGAAGUGAGGAACAAAAGACAUGGACACAGUCUACAGAUGUUGACUAGAAAAAAAUUAAAAAUCAA